GUGCCGAGUUCAAAGGAUCUCACACCUGACAUACAACCUUGAUACCACACCUGAGCCUUCCUUUUGUGAAGAUAAUCCCCUAUCCAGCCCAAUAAUCUCCCUUUAACACCAAGACCAGAUAAUUCAUAUAAGGGGCCGCCGUGAGACAGUGGGUCCCAGAGGGCCACCGUGGGUCCCAGAGGGCCGCCGUGGGACAGUGGAUCCAAGAGGGCCGCUGUUGGACAGUGGAUCCCAGAGGGCCGCCGUUAGACAGUGGGUCCCAGAGGGCCACCGUGGGUCCCAGAGGGCCGCCGUUAUACAGUGGGUCCCAGAGGGCCGCCGUUAGACAGUGGGUCCCAGAGGGCCACCGUGGGUCCCAGAGGGCCGCCGUGGGACAGUGGAUCCCAGAGGGCCGCUGUUAGACAGAGGGCCACCGUGGGUCCCAGAGGGCCGCCGUGGGACAGUGGAUCCCAGAGGGCCGCCGUUAGACAGUGGAUCCCAGAGGGCCGCUGUUAGACAGUGGGUCCCAGAGGGCCGCCGUGAGGCCGUGGUCCGCCGUGAGGGUAGUGUUGCCCGGGCCGUCCCCGCGUGUUCCGGAACAACAACAACAAGAGGCUGGUGGCUACUAUUGUACUCCCUCGCUUGUACUCAUCUAUUCACUCAUUUGUACUCCAGACCCGGUAUUCACCCUUGUACACGGUGUAGGUGUGAUGGUCAAUUGUGAAUAAUAGUUGUUACCUAGUCAUUUGUUGGGAUACACCGGAGAAAGUUCCUGUACAUAGACAAGAGACUGAACUUCAGCACCCACAUACGACACAUUGCUGCUAAAAAAGUUUCAAAAACGGCUUGAAUUUGUGGUGUAAUCAUGAGCUUUAGCAAGUGUAAAGAAGCGAUAGAAGAAGGAGACACUGUUAUACUCUACAUUGGUGUGCAACAGAUUUAUGCUCUUGAGGUCAAACCUAAAGUAGUUAACAAGAUUGGGCAAUCAGUCGACAAUGUCUUUCAAACCCGAUAUGGAUCCCUGAAGGUAAUGAAUCUAAUUGGUGUGAAGUAUGGAUCCAAGGUGAGCUUGUCCAAAGGCUGGGCUCAUGUGCUGUACCCAACUCCUGAACUUUGGACUGUGACAUUGCCACAUCGUACACAGAUCCUCUACACCCCUGAUAUAUCCAUGGUGGUGACACAGUUGGAGAUUGGUCCUGGGUCUGUUGUGUGUGAAGCUGGCACAGGAAGUGGAUCACUGUCUCAUGCACUACUUCGCGCCAUUGGACCUACAGGCAAACUGUAUACAUGUGACUUUCAUAAGGAAAGAGCUCAGGUAGCUUUGGAUGAAUUCACUCGGCAUGGUUUUGGGGAACGUGUUGACGUUUCCCACCGUGAUGUUUAUGUUGAAGGUCUGGGAGUAGAAGGCAUAGCUGAUGCAGUAUUUCUUGACCUCCCUAAACCCUGGGAAGCUCUUUCUCAUGCUGUUUCUGCACUCAAGAGCAGUGGUGGUAGAAUAUGUUCCUUCUCACCAUGCAUAGAGCAGGUGUGUCGAACAUGUGAGCUUAUGGCUUCAAUGGGUUUACAAGAAAUUAAAACUCUUGAAUGUUUGGCAAGAGAAUUCCAAGUCAAAAGCAUAUCAUUACCUGUGAUAUCAAAAAGCAAGCAAGAAGCUGAGAAUUCCAAGAAAAAGGGGUCACAAGAAGGGCCACAAGAACCAAACAAGAAAAGAAAAACUGAAGAGCAGUCUUCCAAUGAAACAAAAUUAGUUGAAGAGAAUUGCAAAAGAAAUGAUUCAGAAAUGGAAAUAAAACCAGAAAAUCCCUCAGACAAUGCAAGACAGCCCAAAAAUAAUGACUUUCGAAUUAAAACUGGAGUUACACCACUGAAAAUGCCAGGACAUACAGGAUUCCUAACCUUUGCUACAGUUCCCCCUGGUCUCAAACCAGUUUCAUUGCUACCAAAGAUUUUAGGCCAAGAUGAUUGUAUUGAAUAAGAUUUUGAAAUACAUAUUUUAAUUUA